AGGGACCAGACUUUCCGGGUGGUCAUUUGUGAGACUCCAGGACUGUUGGGCUCAUUUGACUUCAUCUCUGAGGUCCAUCCUUGGCCUCAACUCUGACUCAGCCUCAUGAAGAGUGAAGGCCUCAGACACCGUGAGGAACACCCACCCACACCAUUCUUCCUCAGGAACAUGACAGACCUUCAGAUAGUACAUGAGUAUCUUCCUGUCCUUCAUGCUCAGUGCCCACAAUAAUAAGGCUCUAAUAAGGAGGAUGGCCAAUGAUAUCCACCCACUUUGUUCUUCCCAUCAUCCAGUAUAGAAAGAUAGCCACUUCGCACUGUCCCCUUACAUUUGAGGUCCUUGGCUUUUCUUCCAUUGUUGCUUGGAGGAAGCAACUCAAGAUGAACAAGGCCUUGGAAAUGGGCAUCUUAGCCUGGCUGUGCUUUAACACAGGUAUGUCCCAAACGCAAUACAAACAAAACAUUAGAGAGUAGCCUUUGCCAACCCAGUGCAUUCUAGAUACUUUGGACUACAGCUGCCACCACCUGUGCUGGUCACUUGAUAAGCAAAGGCUGUCCUAGAGCACAGGUCUUCCACUAUGGGUCAUGGCCUGACCCAAUCUGGGUUGCAACAGGAGCAGUGCCACUUUGCAAAUAUAUUCUAUGAAGUUAAGAAAUGGGUCUUGUUUGGGUUAAAAGUGGGUACUGGGUUUGAAAAGGUUGCCUCUCAAUUUUAAAUUGAGAUUUAAAUCCUGCUUGCAUUGCUUCCCGGGUAUUUAAUGAAAUUCUUACCUUUUGCUGUUGUUGUUGUUUAUGCUGUGUUAUCAUUUAUUGCUACUACUUUAUGAAGCAUCCAGAAAACGUCUCUCCAUACCUUAUUACAUUCCUGAAGUAAGCAUCAGCUGCAGUUGGGUUUUUCCUGGAGUUGUCUCAUUUUCCAUUCCACCCCUUUCUUUCUCUUUGAAGCCCACAACACUCUGUCAAUGUUUCUUUUUUAUUUCUGCACACUCGGAGGAGGAGGUGUCCCCUCUAACCUGACACUGAUUAUUACCAGGGAAGCUUCCUACAAACAUUGACAGAGGUAUGAACCAGUCACUAUUGCCUCCUCACAUGGAGAAAAGUAGAUUUUUAAAAGGGGGGGGGGGAAUAAGAUGAUGGUGGUAGUGAUGAUACUGUACUUCUCCACAUAAACUAUUGUAGCAGAGUUCUUCAUUGUUCUUCAGGUGACAUUUUGGGUAUCUUGGCUUUUUGCAAAGCCCACGAACAUAGAGAAAAAUAGAAAUAUAUGACAAUACAGAGGUAUAAGUGAUACAGAACUGCAGAAACAACAGGGCACAGGGUGACCAAAGGUUUAUGGGGGCUCUGAUACGACGUCUUACUGACAAUGCAUCCUGACUGGCGGGGGGAGAGAUCCAUAAAUUACCCCAAUUCAUCUCUUAGAGUUGAUGCAUAGCUUGGUAAACACAGUUCUCAAGCAAGAAGCAUAGUUUGUUUGCUCUUAAAUGAUGCAUCUGUGCAGUGCUUUAAAAAAGGGUGAAAUGGCUCUGGAACUCACCAUGAAGUUGUUACAGUAAGUGCUACACUUUCAACAUUUUGGGGGGGGGGGAGGUGCCGGCACCGAAUACCCUUGAGGACCCCCAGGGGAAAACCCACUGCAUCUAUGUAUCCUAGUAGGCUUUGUGUUGGUUUCAACAUUCUUCCUGUGAGAAAAGGGAAUGAGCCUAUUUUAUGAUGGUGUGUUGACCAUCUGAUGUUUUUAGAAGCAGUCCUACUAAUUUUUUUAAAAACCCCAUAAAACUCUCCUGCUCAUUUCUUCAAGGGAACUUUUUAUUGUUGUUAAUUCAAUGCUUUUAAGUCUCCUGGAUUAAUCACUGCAGCCCUAAUGCACAUUGAUCCCUAGCUUGAUGUGUUGCUUUUGAGACAGGCAUGUCCAUUUCCUAUGUAUCUUUACAUUUUCUGAAUUUGUACAUGACUCAGCACUCUCGGGAUGGCCUAUAUAAUGCCUCAAAUUCGGCCCCUAGUAUCAGUUUUCUACACUCCUUAGAGAGUGCUGAUCUUAUGCUACUUGAUGUACCUGUUAGGACCAUUCAUAUGGUAUGUAUUUAUUAUUCAUGAUUGGUUAUGUUUACAGGAUUAUAUUUAUAUUGUAUGUGAAUAGAAUGGAUUUUAUUUUACAUCAUCGCUAGCUGAUGAAGAAUUACCAUUGAAGCAGAUUGUCAUCUGGGAAAACUGUCUACAUUUUUGGAUCAUCCAUUAUUGCACGGUUACAGGAUUGUGACUAUUGAAGGCUUGUUUGCUUCUUUCAGUACCGGUGGACUAUAUUGUCUAAUUUUGUUCAUGCAACAGUGCUGUGUUUCUAUUACAUAUUCUCUGUUUAAGAAAUGCUACGCUUGGAGCUUCUAUUAUCGCAUGAUUACAGGACUGGGACUAUUGAAAGGUUUGUUUGCCUCUGUGAUAUUAAUUGACUACCUUCUUUAAUUUUGCUCAUACAAUAUUGAUUUUGUUAGUAUAUUAUUAGCUACGUGUUGCCUGUUAUUGCUUAAGUUUGUCUGUUUUUGCAACACAGGGGAUUUCCUUUGUUACAUUUCCAACGUUGGCCAUAGGGCAAAUUCUCUGAGCAGCCAAUUGCUUACUGAUUCCCCUUUGUCUUCAUCUUGCCCAGCUGGAGCUAUCACAUGCAUUGAAUGUAAACAUGUUGCUGAAGAUAACUCUUGCAUGGUGCCUGAAACUCAGUGCAGUUCCCCAUCGCAGAACAUCUGCUUCACUCGUCUCACUACCCAAGGUGAAUCCAGAAAACUGUUAUUCUUAGAGAGCAUAAAGUGCUCAUUCUCUUUUUCUUCUCUGCCAAUGAAUUUUAUUGAUUUUCAUUUUUAAAAAACAAAUUAACAUUAAAUUUAAUACAUACUUUAAAAAGUUGUCCCCACCCUUCUUCCAUGGUGUUGUUAAUCCCACCCUUCUAUGCUGUAUGCCAUUAGCUAUUCCACCGUAAUUUCAUUACUGUUAUAUUUUAGCUUCCAUCUGCUGCUCAAAAUUUAAUCCUGCCCACAAUGCCAUUUAACACAUGAUAUUUCAAGAUGCCCAAAUAGGGAGUUUAUUUUUCCAAGUCCAUGUCAUCCCUUGAACUCUUCUUUCCUGUCACCUUUGCCAUGUCCACAUAGAUUUUAAAAAUACUUCUUCUUAUGUUGUCAUUCCUUCUUCUUUCAUCCUACGCGUACGCGAUGCCUGUAUUCAUUCUUUAUGACACUCUGCUAUGCUGGCAGGCAGCCCUUUCCUAUAUGUUUGCCAGUUGACGGGGCUCCUAUGCUUUGCACAGCUCCACAAGAAGCUAAAAUUCCCCAGAUAAUCAGCACCUGCUGUCAAAUUCACAGGAGAGCUGUCAGGUCAAGCUUGCCAACCAGGGGCAGCCCAUCCUGUCUGAGGCAUAAUGGGAAAGUACUGUCCCCCGUUACCUCCACUGCCACCCCGUAGUCACCCUGCCAAAGCCUCACUUACCAGGGUUACACAGUGGCAUCAGGGAUGGGGGGGUCACCCUGCAGGGUUCCCCCUCCCCCAAGGUUGGCUGCUUCAACUUAUGGGCCCUGCUGCCAACCCUGCAAUACUUUCCAAUAUUUCCUAGAGGAUAACAGAUUCUGUUGUACUUACCCCAAUUCUCUGAACCAAAAGAGGUUUGGGGUUUUCCCCCCCAAGGACUUCCUGCAGGCAACUGGCUUUGUGCAGUACAAUAUCAUACAAUCACACAUUUAACCUGUGCAAUUUCAACCUUACCCUUGUUGAAGGCUGUCUGGCUGAAAUUGUGCAAGUUAAAUUCAAGCGAGCGGGAGAGCUUCAAAGCUCCUUUUGUGCUGAGUCCACUUGCGGUUUUACCAGCAUCGAACAAGAUUUUGAGCUAUCCACUUUGCUUGGACAAGGUCUGCUAAGCACACAGGCUCAGAGGUGCCUUUGUGAGAUCUCAUGGGGCCAUCGAGGUUCCUGAGAGAUCUCUCACAAGCAUCUUAAGUGUUCUGGACCCAGUGUGCUGAGCAGACCUUCCUUCCAAGCAAGGCAAAGAUGUUAAAAGCUCUCUUUGUCCUGGCUCCACUUGAAUUGCUGAAUGCAAAAAGAGUUUUUAAGUUCUCCACCUUACUUGGGGGACAAGGAUUGCUUGGUGCACAAGCUCUGGAAAUGUGAGGAAUGCUUUCUCUGUCCCCUUCACCUGCUAGUCAUUGUGCAGUUCCAAGCGUCUGAGUAAACAUGGUUUUUGUGACUACUCAGGACCCUUGGAACCGAGUCCCAUGUACGAUGUGAUCAUACUUAAUUAUACAAGUUGGGCACAGAUGGAGGCUCACAGCUUUAAGCACUCCAAAAACAUGCCCCAGAUCUGCCAGAGUUCCUCUUAGCUCCCUAAUUUCCAGGUUGCAACUAACCAAGCUGUUUUCUUCCAAAAUUCACUCUGAAUGAGCACAUUCCAGGGUAGUUGGGUGGGCCAAGCCCACUCCUAGAAACUCUAUGGGCAUUUCCUUAGUCACGUAGAGGCCAGUCACUCUAGGGCAGUGUUCCUCAACCUGUGGGUCCCUAGAUAUUGUUGGACUACAACUCCCAUCAUUCCUAGCCAGCAUGACCAGUGGUCAGGGAUGAUGGGAGUUGUAGUCCAACAACAUCCAGGGACCCACAGGUUGAGAACCACUGCUCUUGGGGGAUCAAUGCAAAUCACCCCACAAAAGGAAAAGCUGGACUCUUUGACAGGCCAUCAAAGCACUCACAAGCAGUCCUAGUGUUUUGGCCAGUGUAGCAUACUUAAUUUCUACAGUCAAGAGACUGGAAAGGACUUGGUGGUCAUCCAGCUCAACCCUUAAUCUCAUUACAAUGGUUUGGUUUGCAUGCUCAUUAAACAACAGCUCUAUAAUGACUUGGAGCAUACCAAAUGAGUAACACACUCAUUUGGUUGUUUGGCCCCAACUCCUGCACCCUUUGCACCUCCAAUGGGAUGCAUUUGUAUGAAUCACAGAACUGAGUUCUUUCAAACGUAGUGAUGAAAUGACACCCAUCUUGGUGUCAGGAUAGGUAAGAGUAAACAGGAGCCAGUUUGAAACAUGCUUCUACACCCAGGUCAGCUAACUGCAUCUUCAGGACCAGCUUCUACUGACACACAAAGAGAGCCAAUGGAUUCUAAAAGAAUUUCGUUGUUAUGAUGUACUAAACACAACACCAGAAUUUGUACAACUCUUGUUCCCUCCUUCAAAAAAAAAACCAAAAACUAAAAAUAACUGGUAAAGUGGUGUUCUGCAAAUGGGUGAAGUUUCUUAAAUGCUAAACAUGCUAUCCCUUUCCAGAUGGUGUCUCGCCAAUUGUGGACCGGGGUUGCACUCAUCUGUGCCAUAGUAUAAAGAGACCAAGAGAGAACUAUCAAGAAACUAUGCGGUGCUGUAUGAGAGACCUUUGCAACACUCACAGCUUCUGGACCAACCAUUAAUACAUUAUAAAAAGGGAAAAAAAAUAUUGACCAGGAACAGAUUUGUUAAAUCAGGUGGAUUCUCAGAACUUCUGGCUUUUGAACUGGUCUGUUAAUAAAAUGCAGCAAUUGAGAAAC